AUGUCCCAAAAGAAACACAAUUAUGCGCUUCCGAUCGCACUCGCUGCUGGAGCCACUGUAGUGGGGAUCGCUGGAACUAUCUACUAUUACAAGGAUCAUGCCAUUGGAACACGAAAUCCAAAAUCUAUGGGACUUCCAGUGUUGAAGAAUCCCACACCGUUAAUUGGCAACACGCCAGAGAUGAUUGUCACGAAUGACUAUAGAACCGAUUGGAUUGCUCAAACGUGCAAAGAACUCGGAGAAGCAUGGGCAUUAACUUUACCGUUCCAGAAUUGUAUGCUAACUGUGAACGUUCAGGAUGUAGAAUUCAUCCUCAAAGAUCCAUACUUGUUUGAAAAGGGGGAAAAGUUUCGUGCGAAUGCUCAGGACAUGUUGGGCCAUGGAAUUUUCAAUUCCGAUGGCCAAGAUUGGCGUAUAGCUCGUAAAGUCGGCGCAAAUAUCUUCAACGUCAAGAACUUCAGGGAUUUAUUCAGCAAUGUGUUUGUUGAGGAAUCCCAGAAGCUUGUAGCCCAAAUUCGAACGGCAGCAUCGAUGGGUGGUAUAAUCGAGUUGCAAGAUUUGUUGUUAAGGGCUACUCUUGAUAGCUUCACUUUGAUUGCAAUGGGUCGUAAAACAAACGCCAUCGAAGGCAACGGUAAAAUCAACGCCGAUGGAAUUUAUACCCUUCCUGUUGAGCCUUUUAUGCAGGCAUUCGAUGGAGCCAACCAAAUCACGUCGACACGUUUCUCUACACCCUUUUGGUCCAUCUUGGAGUAUUUCAAUGGUGAUCAUGCUAAAAUGCAUGGAUAUUUGAAGGUUAUGAAUGAUUUUGCAAAGGAUGUUGUUGAUGAGAAGCGUGCCAAAAUUGCUGCUGGUCAUAAAGGUUCAGACCUAUUGGAUCUAUUCAUGAGCAAUGGCAAUGAUGAUGGGACGCCAUUAACUGACACUCAAUUACGUGAUAUCACCCUCAAUUUCAUUAUCGCAGGCCGAGAUACUACGGCCCAAACAUUGGGUUGGACCUUCAUGAGAUUAUCUCAAAACCCCGAAGUCGAAAAGAAGUGCCGAGCCGAGUUACUUGCUGUUUUGGGUAAAGACGGCCAAUACACUUUUGAAUCACUCAAGCAGCUCAAGUAUACGAAUGCCACAUUCUUGGAAGCUUUGCGCAUGCACGCGAAUGUUCCUGGCAAUCAGAAAACAGCCUCUGCCGAUUGUGUCCUUCCUGGAACUGGAACUCCAGUCAAAAAGGGGGAUGCCAUCUUCAUAUCACCAUAUGUUAUGGGUUACUCUACCGAUAUCUGGGGCCCUGACGCUGGUACUUUCCGACCUGAACGAUGGAUUGAUCAGGAUGGUCUUCUCAUCAAACCAAAUCAAUUCGCGUUUCCACAUUUCAAUGCCGGGCCUCGUAUAUGCCUAGGCAUGAACAUGGCUCAACAAGAAGGUUGGUCUGCUGUCCGAUUUGGAGUCUCUUCGACAAUUGACUCUGUCGUAUUCAUGUCAAACAUUAUUCGUAACUUUUCUCUCGAACUCGUUCGUGAGGAUUCCCCAGAACACUGGGGCGUAUUCUCGGAGGAUCCUUCUAAGCGCCUCGGUCGUUCCUCACCGGCAUUGACACUGAAUGCUCGAUGUGGCAUACAUUUCAAACCCAUCCCGCUAUGA